AACAAUCUAGCGAAUCAUCGAAGACCACUACAUUCAUAUCUAUAAUGGAGGGUAAUAAAUUAACUUUGGCUACUGGAACCAUAGAGACUGCAUCUCCAAACCCCCGUUCGACACCAAACCCCCCUCUCCGAACAAUGGUUGGAACAAAAAAAAUCUCCCUCUCCCAAGAAUGGUUCUAACAAAUAAAACAGUAUCAAUUUACUUACAACCCAUUGUUUGGCGCCAAAAAAUUGAUGAUUCCGUAGCGCCUCGGCAGAAUUCGAAUUGUUUCGUAACUGAACGCGGCAAAAUUUCAGAAGAAUCGAGAUGGCGGGAGGGAAAGACCGAACAAAUGAAGAAAAAAUGAAUGCAGCGCCUGUGCUCUGUCACGUGCGAGCUCAGAACGCGGACCAAAAGCGACCGGCUUGAACAAUAUAAAAUAACCUGGACCCCCCCAUCCGGAAGCAUCGAGCAGCACCAGUAGCAACCCUAUCCAUCCUCUUCACCCCUCCUCCCCCCGGGGAGCUCCGCUACUAUACACGUGGCGAAGCCUCCCGUCCAGUCCACGUCGGGGUACAGUGCACCCACUCUUGUGUUCCCGAGCUGGAUCCAUGGUGCGGCGUGUGCGUGCUAGCCCCAGCGUGGGGCAGACGGGCCCAGCUUCCAAGGUUCCGCGUCGCCGUCCGUCCGCCUCGGCUGGAUCUGCAUCACCGGGGAGCUUGCAGGCUGGUAGUGGUGCGGCAGCGCCAGCUGGAGCCGACAGCCCGCCGGCCGUGUGCCUGGAUGCUGCUCUCGCUUAUGCUUUGGCUACGUUUCUGGAAUCCCGUGGUCACGAAGCAGUCGCACCCACAACUGCGUCUUCUGCUGCCGCCGCCAUGGCACGGACAAACGAGAUCCCACUGGCGAGGGACAAUGGACCACUGACGGUUGUAUCUGCGGAGCAAACUGCCAACGCAGCACAACAUGUUGCGCCAGUGGAGGGAGCAUACGGUCUUGGAAUAAACAACUUUUGGACCAACAUGCUAGGGUCCAGUUCGUCAACCGCACAGCCUCAGGUUCCCGUUGAUUUGAAGAGCAAUGUGUUUGGAGCCAUGAACCCGUUCGAGGCACACAGAUCCACAGUUUGUUCCUGA